AUGCCGAUCGCCAACGGAGACAUCGCCAACGGCACCCCUGUCACGCGAAAGGGGGAGAUACUCGACUAUCGGACAGCCCUCCAAGUUCUCCAGUCCGACUACGAUACUCGUGAUGGCCUGGACAUCCAUAGUCUUUUGGACUCGAACAAAAACGGUGCUCUUACCUACAAUGACUUCCUCAUUCUGCCUGGAUAUAUUGGCUUUGCUGCGUCUGAGGUCACCCUCGACUCACCAAUCACCAAACGAAUCUCUUUGAAGACGCCCCUUCUCUCCUCUCCCAUGGACACCGUCACAGAAGACUCGAUGGCUAUCCAUAUGGCUCUGCUUGGCGGCCUCGGUGUCAUCCACCAUAACUGCUCCGCUGAGGAGCAGGCCGAUAUGGUUCGCAAAGUCAAGAGAUAUGAAAACGGUUUUAUCUCCGACCCUAUUGUCUUGAGCCCCAAGACUACCGUUGGGGAGGCCAAAGAGCUGAAAGAGAAGUGGGGAUUUGGCGGAUUUCCAGUUACCGAAAACGGGCAACUCAAGUCCAAGCUUAUUGGCAUCAUUACCACUCGCGAUAUACAGUUCCACCCACGUCCUGACGACCUGGUCACAGAGGUCAUGUCGAAAGAUCUGAUUACUGCACCCGCUGGCACCACCUUGGCUGAGGCCAACGAUGUCCUCCGCAAGUCCAGGAAGGGUAAACUGCCCAUCGUUGACGCAAGCGGCAACCUAGUGUCACUCCUUUCGCGAUCCGACCUUCUCAAGAACCUCAACUACCCUCUUGCCUCCAAGUUACCACAUUCAAAACAAUUGAUUGCGGCGGCGGCGAUAGGUACCAGACCUGAGGACAAGAUCCGACUGCAGAAAUUGGUCGAAGCUGGACUUGACAUCGUGAUCCUGGACAGCAGCCAGGGAAACAGCAUGUAUCAAAUCGACAUGGUCAAGUACAUCAAGGAGAAAUACCCUCAACUCGAUGUGAUUGCAGGGAAUGUGGUGACUAGGGAACAAGCCGCAAACCUGAUCGCAGCUGGUGCCGAUGGCCUGAGAAUUGGCAUGGGCAGCGGCAGCGCUUGCAUCACACAGGAAGUCAUGGCUGUGGGACGACCCCAAGCUACGGCUGUUCACGCCGUAUCGUCCUUUGCAGCCAAAUUCGGCGUACCAUGUAUUGCAGACGGAGGUAUUCAGAACGUUGGCCACAUUGUCAAGGGCAUCGCGAUGGGUGCUUCGACAGUCAUGAUGGGCGGUCUUCUCGCAGGUACUACGGAAUCUCCUGGCCAGUCUUACAUCAACCGUGAAGGUAAGCUCGUCAAGGCAUAUCGUGGAAUGGGCAGUAUCGAUGCCAUGGAAGACAAGAAGGCCGGUGGGGGAGGCAAGAACUCCAAGGCCAGCAAUGCCGGAACGGCGAGAUACUUUUCGGAAGGUGAUCGAUUGUUGGUUGCGCAGGGUGUCUCGGGAGCUGUAUUGGAUCGAGGCUCUGUUACCAAGUUCGUCCCUUACCUGCUAGCUGGUGUGCAACAUUCUCUGCAAGAUAUUGGUUGCAAGAGUUUGGCCGAGUUCCGCAACGGAGUGGCCAGUGGGAACGUGCGGUUUGAGCUCCGGACAGUCAGUGCCCAAGCCGAAGGAAACGUGCAUGGGUUGGACAGUUUUGAGAAGAAGCUCUACUCCUAA